AUGGCUCACGAUCUAUUGCCAGGCUUUACUAGCCAAUUUAUUGAGACCUCGGAUGGUGUUUCCAUUUUUGUCCGCGCCAAGAUCGACUCAGCAAAACCCCCUCUUCUCCUCCUCCAUGGUUUUCCUCAGACACACGUCGAGUAUCACCGUAUCGUACCCUUUCUACUCCCUCACUUCAGUAUUAUCCUUUUAGAUCUACGUGGAUAUGGCCUGUCAGCUAUCGUUCCCAGCACCAACGGAUCCGGCUAUUCCAAACGGCUGAUGGCCAACGAUUGCAUCUCCGUCAUGUCCCAGCUAGGAUACGACAAGUUCCUCCUAGUUGGACACGAUCGCGGUGCCAGAGUGGCGUACCGCCUCGCGUUUGAUCAUCCCGAGGCAGUUUCAAAACUUGUUGUAAUCGACAUUAUCCCAACUGCAGCCAUGUUUCAAGGCUUUGGGAAUGUGACGGCUGGGUUGAAAGCCUACCACUGGCUAUUUCUCGCUCAGCCAGACCCAUUUCCCGAAACAAUGAUUCAGGGCGCGGAUAAUGGCAAGCACUACUUGGAACAUACCCUAGCAAGUUGGACGAAGAAAAAGACACUUGAGGACUUUGACGAGAGGGCAUUGGACGAGUACAGAAAGGCGUAUUGCAGCAAAGAAAAUAUCCAUAGUACCUGUGAGGACUACAGACCUGGAGCGUUCCUGGACAAGGCCUACGACGAAAAAGAUCUUGAGGAGGGAAAUAAGAUACAGGCUCCCAUGCUGGCGAUCUGGGGCGACGCGGGUGUAUCUGCCGAGUCUUUGCAAAACAAGUCAGAAGGUCCCCUUGAAAUCUGGCAGAAGUAUGCUCAGAAUGUGCGUGGUAGAGCGUUGGAGUGCGGACACUUUAUUCCUGAAGAGGAUCCAGAAGGUCUAGCGGAAGCACUGAUACCAUUCCUUCUACAAGACUAG